AUGGUAUACUUGCGUGAGAAUCUGUAUCUCGGAGAUAUCAUUGCAGCCAAUGAAGUGCUUCUUGGUCGCAGCAAACAAAAAAUCACCCAUAUUUUAUCAGUUUUGACGGAAUUGAACCCUGUUCCCUCCAAAGAGAUCCGUACAGUCUACAAGGAUGGGUGGCCGUGUUCGGGUAAAAAGAUUCAUUAUGUGUUGGAAAAUGCAGGUCAUGAUCUGAAGGUAUUGAGGAUGGUUGUGCCUCUGAAGGACAGCAAGAGACAGAAUUUGCUCGAUAAUUUGGACGUUUGUUUGGAUUUUAUUGACCGGGGUAGGAAAAAUGGGUCGGUUUUGGUGCAUUGUUUAGCAGGUAUAUCGAGAAGUGCAUCCGUUAUCACUGCCUACUUGAUGAGAACAGAACGGCUUUCUGUGAAAGAUGCACUCGCGUCGUUACGCCAAAGCAAGCCAUCUGUAAACCCUAAUAGAGGUUUUUUACGGCAGUUGGCUAUGUUUGAAGAGAUGGGGUUCAAGGUUGAUCAUUCAAGCCCUGUUUACAAAAAUUUUCGUUGGAAGGUUUUAGGCCCACGAGGAGUCUUGAGUUCGUGGCUUUUGGACGUAUGGCGCAAAUUUUCUAGGCAAAUACUGAACCGGAUCAGCUGGACUCGUGAUGGAAGUUCCCAUCGGAUGCAUGCAUAG